AUGAUGGCGUGCCACGCCCCGAAUCUGACGGCUCUCUGUCCGCGGCUGCGUGAGUGGGCGGAGGAGCGACAUCUCGCGGUCGCCAUACCAUCUCCACCGGACUGUAUCUCCGACUUCCCCGAGGAGCAUCAUUCCUCGCCAUCGCUGCAAGAGCAGCGCCGCCUACUGCUCGGCUCCCGGUGCGGCACUCCCCGUUUCCUCUUCCGCCCCGCUUCCGCCGCUUUCUCAACUUCCGCCGCUUCCGCCAGUUCCUCCCCGCACCCGUCCGCCACCGUCCGUUCCGCCACGUGCCAACCCGUGGCCUCAGCGCCAAUUUAUCACGGCCCAGCAGCGGCCCAGCGCGCCACCGGAGCGGAUCCGCGGGCUUUUCACCACCGCGCGCGCAGCGUGACGUGGGACCUUCCGCGGGACGAGAUCCCCUUCUCGCACUCCAACCCCGUCCCCUCCCGCGGAUGUCUCCGCCUGCUGCGCGCGGACGUGCUGGGAUCGAAAUGCGGAACGCCCAAGUUCCGCGCACCCGCGGAGCCCGAAGCCAUCUGGAGCGUGUAA